AUGCUGGCUCUUCUUAGUCCCAAACUUGCCUAUUCUUCGCUUGUUCCUCUACUUAACUUGAAUCAUAAUAUCCAUGGUAAACACUUGCUCAAUGUUGCAAGUCGAGAUAGAGAAAUAUAUCCAUCACAAGUACAAGAGAAAGAAGACUUGGAAGAGGAAGCCCCGAAGGUAAAUGUGAUACAAGAUCAAAUUGAAUAUAUUAGAGAAAUGUUGGAUGCCAUAGGAGAUGGUCGAACAAAUGUCUCGCCCUAUGAGUCUAUGACACAGCCUGGGUUGCUCUUGUUCCAGCUCUUAAUUAAUGGAGAUGAUAUGCCCCAGCUUCCCCAUAGUCUUCGAUGGAUUCCUGAUCAUCAACUCCCAACGGUUCAUGGGGUUACAAGCUCGUAUUCUUAG